AUGGGGAGCGAGGCCACUACUUUUAUUUUAGAUGUCUCCCCAUCUAUGGUUAAACUUGGGUGUGCUGAACAAGCUUUGGCUUACAUUGAAUAUGUUCUGUUUCUCAAGGCAAAGAAACAACGAAAGACUGAUUGGGUGAAUUGCUUCCUUGCAAACUGUUCAAUGACUCGUAAUGAUCACGAAACGGAUAACGUUUUUGAACUCUUGCCAUUCACAGCGCCUAUUUCCGCUCAGAGGAUCAUCGAGGCACUACGAGAGCUACAACGGAUAAUUGACGAACAACGAAACGACCAGAAGACCAUAAACUCAAUGGUUCAGAGUCUGUUGAUCUCUUCGGUCAGCAUGCGUGAUGAAUUCAAUAAACGCAAACUGAGAAAGCAGAUCAUGAUAUUCACCAACGAUCUUGAUGGGUUGGACUUGACAGAACAAGAGCUCGAAACUCUGAAAGAAGAAUUCGACUGCCGAAUCAUCCUGGUAACUUGUGGCUCGAAGAAGAAAGAAGAGGAAGAGGAGGGGGAUUUUAAGCAGGAAAAAUCGAUAUGGGAGAAAUGUGUGGAUAUAAUACCGGGAUCAAUACAAGUUUCGGUGACAGAGCUUUUGCAGGAAAUUACUACGCCAAGUCCGGCCACCGUGAAGCCUGUUCGUACAUUCCAAGGAGAACUAAGAUUGGGGGCCGCCAUUGUGAAGACAGAAAAUUCGGAUGAUAGCUACAAUUCCAUUUCCAUCAAGGUUGAAGGGUAUCCUGCCACCAAAGCAGUCGCGAAUCUCAAUCGACGCGUUGUUGCAAGGGGAGAUGGAGACACUUACGAGCCAGUGAAGGCAAUAAUAGAAUACGAGGCCUUUGACCGCGACGAGAACCAUAGCGACGAAAGUGAUGAGGAAGAGGACCGCCAUGGCGACAGUAUUGACGGCAAGAAGAACAGGAAACUCCGCACGGUAUCAAUAGCGCGCGAGUCAGUGACAAAAGCAUACAGGUACGGCUCAGAUUACGUGGUUUUGCCUCAGACUAUCGAAUCGGAACGUAUUUAUCGCACAAGUCCGAGUCUCGAUAUUCGCGGUUUUGCUAGCCGUGGCGACAUUCCUAAACAUUAUCUGAAUUCGGAAUCCAUGUUCAUCGUACCUGCUGCUAAAGAAGGCACGCGUGCAGACUGUUUUGCCUUGACAGCCCUAGUGGACUCCAUGAUCCAGCAAAACAAAUUGGCAAUUGCUCGAUUUGUGCAAAGAUUCGACAGCGAGGUUCAAAUGUGUGUGCUUUGCCCACUCCUAGUCCCAAAGAAGCGGAAACAACAGGGGCGCGACACAGACUCAAAUUAUCGAGCCCUUGUGCUGAGUCGACUGCCGUUUGCCGAGGACGAGCGUGUGUCAGAUUAUCCAAGACUGACAACCAAUGCCAGGGACGCUAAAUCGACCCAAAAUUCGGAAAUCGACUCACUGAUGGACAAAUUUGUCGAGACACGCAGUCUGGGUGACGGCGUAGGUGGAUCCUGGUGCUCCACUCCGCUGUACGAGCCCGUUGACGCCGUUGUAACGUCUGCCUGUUCUUUACCACUGCCCUCUACUAACGCACGGUCACGUGACACUGACAUAUGUGCGGCUCCCGCCAUGGGCAUUCAUCGUCAGCAGCAGAUAUUGAUCGAGUACAUGCACCAACGGAUCGUGCGUGGCUCAGAUAGCUUUGAUGUCCCGGAACUGCCCUCUGUGUACCACGAUCUGCUAAAUCCCCAUUUCGAAAAUUCCAAGCUGCCCACUCAAAAGUUGCAAGAACGUUUAAACAUAAAGCUGAAUCCAGCAGGGCCAUCCAGAGUGACGCCGUGUGAUGAGCAGCAAGACGAAGACGAUGAAUACUACGACAUCCCAUCUCUGGAGAGUCUUUUGGCGAGAGGUAGAUCGUAG